UCAAUUAUAAGUUUUUUCGAAAUGUUUUUCUUUGAUUCGGAGACUGAAAGUGAAGGCGAAGAAGUGUCCUAUGCCAAAAUAAAAAGAAGAUAUUUGAGAGAUAACAGCAACCCAUUCGAAUUGAGUGAAAAUGACUUUGUACAGCAGUUUAGAGUCAACAAGGAAUGUUUUAAAAUGAUACUCAGCUCGUUAGAUCUUCCACAAGACAGAAGAAGAACAUCAGUUCCACCAGUUCUACAGCUGUGUGCAACAUUAAAUCUCCUAGCUAGUGGGAGUUACCAAACCAAUGUUGGAACAAAUGUGUUGCUAAGUAUGGCACAGACAACAGUUUCCAAGUUCUUUCGCCGAACGUUGAGUCUCCUGGAAAAUAAGUUUUGUCCGCAAUGGAUUAAAUUUGAUUGCUCUAAAUUUAGAGACAGCAAGGAGUACUACUAUAGGAAAUUUAAACUACCGGGAAUAGUGGGCUGCGUUGAUGGUACUCAUAUUCCUAUUUUAAGACCAAAAGAAAACGAGCACAUCUAUUUCAACCGUAAAGGGUUCCAUAGUUUGAAUGCAAUGGUGAUUUGCAAUCAUCUAAACGAAAUAAUAGCAAUCAACAGUUCACAUGGCGGUGCUGCACAUGACUCGGCUGUUUGGAAUUGCAGCAAUGAGGUAGAGUUUCUAAAACAACAAUUUCAUGCAGGUGAAGUAAGCAUUCGACUUCUGGGUGAUAGCGGAUACCCUUUACAGCCGUGGCUAUUAACACCAUACCGAAAUGCAACAGAGGGAAGUGCAGAAAUACGGUUCAACAAUAUCCAUUCCGCAGCUAGGAGCCAAAUCGAAAGAACUAUAGGAAUUUUAAAAGGACGUUGGAGGUGCCUAUCAAAUGAACGAAAACUUAGAUUUGACCCCGAAACUGUCACACAAAUUAUUAAUGUUUGCUGUGCUUUGCAUAAUGCUUGCAUUCAUUUUAGGCUACCAUUCAUACCAAAUGCUAUAAGUAUUACUUCAAAUACAAAUAACACACAAGCUGAUGUAAUUUCAAAUUCAAACCUUAAUGACAAUUUAUCAAGAAUUGCCCAAAAUAUAAGAAAUAAUAUUAAAAAUUCAUUAUAAAAAAAUAUAAAUGAACAAUA